CAAAACCACCGCCGGCGGUCUUUGGCCGCUUCGAAGAAACCACGCAGGCGCUCUCGCUGCGAAAUUCUCCGAGCUCGGGCAGUGCAGCGCGCUGUCUGGCGAGAGUCCAACUCUCCUGUUACCGGCCGCCUUAACGAUUGUUGUCCAGCGCGCUCGAAGUUUCUCUCUUGGCAACGUAUGGACUGUCAGUGUCCCUAAUGCAAGCGCAUCUGACCCACUUUGUGAAUCUGGCCGUCGCGAGUGCUGUCUUUCCGUAUUUGCGCCAUUGAGGAUACUCCGUACAAACUAAAAAGACAGCAUAGAUGAAAGCAUUCCGUAGACUUGCGACUGACAUCGCUUCUACUGCGGGAAAACCCUUUUAAACUUCGCCAGUUACUUCAAGUUUAAUGACAGCUCCGAGCAUAUGUAGCAGGCAUUACGCGGGCCGAACGGAAGCUCGGUGUAUAUAUUUCGCGUUUCCCUCUUUUGCGCUCGUUGGCUGUGCGCGCACCGUUUACUUUGGCAGCACAGCGGUUCGUUAUCGUUCAGCGGUGCGUAAGCUAUCAUCGAUGAGGCAGCGGCGUCCUUGCCGGCCAAGCGGCGUAGCGUCUGCUGGAGAAAGCGUUCGGUCGCGCCUCUCACACAAGAAGAGUCGGCGCGGCAGCCUUGUUUCGCUGUGGGAGCGGCGUGACCCAAACGCAGCCACCGAUUGCGACCUUGCCCACCCAACGAGCCCGCGUGCCUGCGUCUGACUCACUCGUCGCCCCCCCUUCCACGCACGCACCGAUGGCUCCCUCGUGAGCGCCCUCGCCGCACGUCCUCGCAUCCUCCUCCGGCCGCUGAUGCGCGGGUGCUGGUGAGCCCAAGAUGGCCACAGCGGCCGAGCGGCCCCCGUCCUUUGGCGAAGAGGUGCCCCGGCAUUCCCAGCUCUGGUUGCCGCCUGUGCCUCGGCGCCGGUUCGAGGCCAACGGUGUGGCAUCACCCUCCGCAAUGCGGACCAGCCUGCAGAAGUUGUCCGAGGGGAGGAAAGCACGGCGCCUCACUUUCUUUCGCAAUGGAGACCGCUUUGACAGGGGCCUGGUGUAUGCACUCUCGCUGGAGAAAGUGCGCACGUUUGAAGCCCUCCUGGAGGAUCUCACACGCAUAAUGGUGGACCUGCCUAUGGGCGUCCGGUUCAUCUUUUCCGAGGAUGGGCGGGAGAAGGUGUCCCAGCUGGAGCAUUUGUGCGAGGGCUGUGUCUAUGUGUGUUCCUCGACAGACCACUUCGUACGGCUUCCGUACAGGCGCCAGGAGCCGCCUCGCCCCCACUGGACCUUGGGGCGCAGCACUCGAGGCAUUCCAGGAACUCCGUCCUCCACACCCACUGCACACCACGACACCUUGCCCGCUAACCAUGGUUUCGUGCGGCCCAAGCUCAUAACAGUUAUUCGCAAUGGAGUGCGUCCAAGGAAAGCAGUGAGGGUACUGCUGAAUCACAAAACAGCUCGAUCAUUUGAGCAGGUGCUUGACGAUGUCACACAAGUAAUCAAGCUUGACUCCGGUGCUGUGCGCAAGGUGUUCACUCUUACAGGAAAGCCGGUGACCACUUUGGCUGACUUCUUCGGUCCAGAUGACAUAUUCAUUGCAUACGGCCUCGAGAAAUAUUCGCAUGAUGACUUCGAUCUAGACUCUGAAGAGUGUAAGCAUCUUAAUGGCGCUAUGCGAGUGCGCCGAGAACAGCGUUUUUCAUGUGGUCGACCAAUGUCUCCCAUUUCAGACGUGUCUUCAAACCUGAGUUUUCAGAGCUCUCACUCCAUUUCACCCAAGUCAUCUAAAAAGCUUCAUUUUACAAAUCAUGUGGUACUACCAGAGACAGUUGGACGGCUGUAUACGGUGCGAGAAAUGCUGGGUGACGGCAACUUUGCUCGAGUCUACCAGUGUGUUUCCAGGGAGUCUGGUGGCGAGUAUGCACUAAAAAUCAUCGACAAAGACAAGUGCAGAGGCAAGGAGCAGAUGAUCGCCAACGAGGUGGCCAUUUUGCGGAGGGUUCAGCAUCCAAAUGUGGUUCUGCUAGUUGAAGAGUUCAAUUUUGACACUGAGCUCUACCUGGUCAUGGAACUGGUCAAGGGAGGUGACCUGUUUGACGCCAUAGCAGCGGUGACCAAGUUUCCAGAGUACGAGGCUAGUCGUCUGGUCAGCGACCUGGCCAGUGCACUUGCACACCUGCACUCAUUGGGCGUUGUCCAUCGAGACAUCAAACCCGAGAACCUGCUUGUGGGUGUCCGGGGUACACUCAAACUGGCAGACUUUGGCCUUGCAACAGAACUUCCCCGAGACGGAUCCUUGCUGUCGACGGUGUGUGGCACACCGACAUACGUAGCCCCCGAGAUACUGGCCGAAACAGGUUAUGCCUUGGAGGUGGAUGUGUGGGCUAUGGGUGUCAUCACCUACAUCCUUCUCUGCGGUUUCCCACCAUUUGUCAGUCAAACAAACAACCAGGAUGAACUGUUUGACCAGAUUCUGAGCGGGCGGUUCGAGUUUAUGGCUCCAUACUGGGAUGGUAUAUCUGCAUCAGCUCAGGGUUUGAUCCGUGGCAUGCUCAAGGUGGACGUGACACAGCGCUUGAGUGCAGUACAAGUGCUUGCGCAUCCUUGGCUGCAGCAGCAGAGUGGGGGAGCGACCAGGCAGUCUGGCGCUUGGCAAGUGGGCCUGCACUUUGAAGAGCGGCCACGUUCCAGCCUAGAUGCUGCUGGUGUACUGCCGUCGGCCAUGUCCUGACACCACUGCUGGUCAGCACGAAGAAAGCUGCAUGCUGUGGAUGCUCAGCAUUUGGCAUCUCCGUAGUGCCAUCGGGAAACAGAAAGAAAAGAACUUUGUUGCAGGGAAGCUUUGUGACCUUCAACUGCACCGGUGUGUAAAAUAUAUGUGCCUCUACCUUGGAGCAGUGAUGUGCGCUCUCAAAGGGAGGCUUGCCGAACAUCACUCAUCAUCCAAAACCAAAGUCUCGAGCGUGUGUGGACAGUGUUGGCGGCACCAGUGCGGCUCUCGCCACACACUUCCCUGCGAAAGGCCUUAGCUCCCACCUUGGACUCUCGGCUCGCAUUGCACUCAGUGCGGCUAGUGCAGCACCAUAUGGCCAUGGUGUGGUGCGAAGUUUGUCAGUUCGAUGUGAUGUAACAUAGUAUGCACAGUUGACAUCGAAAGUUCACAGGUCACAAGGCCUGAGAAAACGUUGAAUUUUCUAGCAGUUCGUGACUUUAACCAAGAAAACAAUACAGCUCAGUGCUGUUUGCAUGUGGUACCAGUGCAGGUGAGAAAUCCAAAUACCAGGCUGUGGGAACAGGUUUUUCUCAGACCUUAUGGCCUGUAAUGUUUUCUUGUCAACCGUACAACCAACUGCAGAAGUUUUCAAAGCAUGAAAGUCAUCGAAAAGCAAAUUUUAAGACAAAGUUGCUGCCUUGCCUGGAAUUCAAGGGCACAGUGUGGUGGUUGCAUGAAAUACAGUGCAAUCUUCGAUUCCAGGGCAGAUAUGCCAGCUUCAACAAUGUGUGUGUGUUUUUUCCGCUCGUGCUUUGCAUUGAAAGCUUUUGCAACUGUGUAGAACAUUGUUAUAUGAAUUAGUGUGGCACGCAAGGUGCUGCAUGGUCCUGGUAUUUUUUUACUGAGAUGAUGUCACUGGUGAAUGCUUUUAUGUUUUUAGCUGAAAGACGUGCAAUCAGUUUCCCUCCACAAAAGCACUUUUCUGGGCUCUACUAGCUUCCCUGAUUUUUGAUGAGAGCUAGUCUUUAUGUGACUUGCCUCGUCAUGCUGACACAGGAUAAUAUGUGCAAGUUUCCGAGCAACACAUUUUUUAACUAGUCAAGACCUCCAAGAGCGCCGCAAUGUGGGGACUGUGGCUCUCCUGUGCUCUCAGUCUUUUACUUGGCAAGCCAUGCUUACAAAGUUAGGUUGCUCUGCACAGAGUAUAGUACAUGAACCAUGGCAGUUUGCAGUUUUGCUUGAAAGUGACACCUUAUACAGUUUAUUUUUGAAUAAGACCUUCAGUAAUAUAAUCUUGGCUGUUUGCUUUGCUUCAGAGGCUUGGAUUAGAUGGUCUUAUAACUCUGUGGUGAUUUUUAGAUAAGACAAUGCUAGUGUGGCUAGUGUGUUUCAUUGGAAAAUGCCCUAACGCCUCAUAUUUGUUUUCCUGUGUUUGUGGGCACAUGGAGUUACAUGUUAUGUAAUGUAAUAUAUGACACAUUAUCAAGUAGCACACUGCUAUGAAGUAUAGUGAAAGUAUGCUUAAAAAUGAUAAUCUAACUUUGACAGCAUGGCAUGUUAAGUAUCGAAUGAGAAAGCAACUGCUUCAUGCUGUUCCUCAGUCCCUUUUUUAUUAUUAAUUAUUAUGCUACUACUCUUAUUAUUGCCUUUUUCAUUAAUGCAUGUCUGGUGUUGGGCUGCACCAGUUUCUUUAGCAGCCGCUAUUAUUUACCAUAUUUUUUUGCUCAUUAUGUGAUCUAAUUUGACGAAACAGCCAGAGGAGCUACAUGCAUACUCCAUCUCACCAGUUCCAUGCGUUGUAGUGAAAGCUGUGGGGCACGCCAGCCGACGAGUAAUAGCAGUAACAAGAAUCAGCUGCACAUCUUUCAUAAAGGAACAAGGGCUGGUUCCAUUACCCACCGCUAAUUUCUCAUGAUCUCUCCAGUUAACCACUGUUGCGCACAUGUGGUUCAGCAUCGGAGAAUGGGCGAGAGACGCAACCUAGUUCUCAUUCAUUUCAUUGCACUGUGGGGAACCGGUGAGAAGGGGCUGUUGUUACAGAGCGAAAGGCAUUUCUGCAGCACGUGAGCUUGUUUUUGUGUCAUAACAUUUAUUUUCUUUCGUUCUCAACUUCACUUAUUUUUUUAAUGCUUGUUAUGCAUGUCCUGAUGUUUUACUGUCUGUACUGCCUUCAUUUUUAUAUAAGGAACCAGAGUUUAUUUUACAUAGAGUAGGAAUGACGAGUUCAUCUGUUUGAAUUCAAGUGAACCAUUUAGCAUGAAAGUGGUAAAAGAGUAAUAGACAUGAUGCUGACAAAAGCAAAACAUUUACUUGGGAAAACAUGGGUACAAGUGGUCGUAUGUGACUUGUUUUGUGGUGCAUGUUGAAUGAAGUGCUCUAAGCACUAAACAUGCAUGUAUGUUUUCCUGAGUAAUCAUUGUGUUGCAACUUAGUUCUGUCUUCUGCCUGUCACUUGUGUUUAGUUCCCGUGCUUCAUGGUUCACACGAGUUCAUGACGUUUAUUAUUAAGCCUUUCUGUCGUUCUUUAUGCCCAAGCGACUUUUUAGCUACACCGAGACGUAACACACAUUGUUUGUUUUUUUCCUACUGAAUAAUAUUUUAAAUGCGUGUUGUAUGUCUAAUGCUUGUAUUGUUUUAAGGGUUUGUUUUGAAAGCACAUGCAGGUUGACAGAACGAAGUCCACAACAGCCACAGACGACAGUAUAAAACAGUGGAACGCUGAUUAUGCACCCCUGGUUUAGAUGGCAACCUACAUUUUAUGACUGAUUACUUCUGGGCGAGAAAUCCUUUCGUUCUUGUAAAUGCACGAAGUGUAUGAAUUCUACAACAAUGAGGCUACGUGCAUCAUACUUUUUAUUACAGUCAGCUAGAACCAAAAUAAAGCACUCAGUUUCGCCUGAAGUAAAGAAGCAGUGGCUAUAAUAUCUAGAGCAGUAUUAAGUGUAGUACGACUCUUAGUGCUUCAAAAAGUACUGACUACAGUGAACAUUCAUAGCGACGCUUAGAUAAUCUGAGCAUCAUUGUCAAUCGGAAGCAUGGGUUUUGUGUGUAACCUGCCCAUCGGACAGCAUGGUGCUUUGUUCUAGAGAUCCAAGACCAAGAAGGAUUAGACAGGCCAUAUCCAGCUUGCGGACUGGACUGGACACAGGCUUUCGUUUAUCUCGAGCAUAGGCAGAGGUAUGCAGUACAGAGGAUCAAGGACUACAAAACAUUGCACAAGACUUCCCUCGUGCUCUCUGCUCUGUCCAUUCUCUUGUCCAGUGCUGUGUACCAAUGCUGUGUACCAAUGCAGCAGCUAUACCAUUUUCUGGUCCUCUGGAAUGCCACAGUUUUCACUUCUUACUAUUUGCAGUCUCGUUUCUUAACUUUUAUUGCCCAUUUUCUGUGAUCUCAAGUCUGGUUUAUGUCUUAUUUACCCACCAAAGUGUGCUCUGCAAUAGCUGAAUCGUGAGGGAUAGCUCAUCUGGGUGCCUACACUUUGCCAUUGUCCUGGUUGCCCAAUUGAUUUGAUUGUCAGCCAGCUGAACAGACAGUCCCUAGGAAGGAAUGUUGGCAUCCACUGAAAAGUAGCAUGAUCCUGCGAAAGGAAACCUAAAAAUGUUCCUUAGAAAGAAAUCUUUGCAGUUGUAGGUUUGUAUCAGUCUCAGACAGAUGUCAUCUUUUGCAUUCGUGAUUCCCUGCACAAAUUUCCAGACAAGUCAUUUGUUGAAGGACCACUGGAUUAAACCUUCUCUCCUUUCACAUUUUAUUUGUUUUGUUUUACCCCUUGGUGUAACAAUCCAACAGUUGUCUUCACCAAGGCUCUGCUACAGCUGUCACCCUUGGCAGUCGCACUAGCAACAGCGUGAUUACAGGUGUGAAGUUCCAUAACAGCUUGUUUGCUGUGACAGCACCAGGUGCAUGAAGUGCAAUGCAUGCAGUAAGAUCUUGUUCCCACCACCCCUCUCCAUAGUAGUACUACCCAUUUUCUUGAAUUUGUCACCUUAAGUCCACUUUAGUACAAAGGCCUCACCCAGAGAUCUCCGAUUACUCCUGUCUGCCAUUGACCAAGCUAACCCUGUAAUCUCAAAUUUCCUAGUCUCGUAUUUCCACACUCAUCAUGGUGUCUGUGUGGCUGUGACACUCAGUUGAGGCAAUCAGUACAAUCUGAUUAAAUAAAGCAGGCUAGGUGACUAUUUGUCCCUGCCCCAUUUCAAAGGGGAUGCUACUGAAUGUCAUCAUCAUCAGUGCUGUCUCGGCAGCAGCUCUUGCAUUCCCAUACACGAAAACAACUUUGCUUUCUUUUUUUUUUCCUGAAAAGCCAGAUUAGUAACUGUGCCAAGUGUUAUAUCACACAAUGUAAUCUCCAAAAUGCGACUUGCGAAAUUUGACACCAGGAACAGUGCAGUGCAGGGGUAACUGCUUUGGGACAUAAAACACAUUCAUUCAUUCAAUUUUGUAGCUCCUCCUAAAUAAUUAUAUUUCACCCUCUGCUGUAUUUCACUUCUUUGGUAUCCACUGGUGCUAUUGUAAAACAACCGGUUAUCUGUUCUACACCUGUCAUGGACUGCUCAGCGUAUUCUUUCUUUGAACCUUUAUCUCUGCAGCAUUUGCUUAAUGGCUGUGGGUUUUGCUAGGGGAAAAAUUGGCCUAUUUUCAUAAAGAAAACCCAGAAGUUUUACUAGUAUUGUGCUCUCUCUCUCUCUCUCUCUCUCUCUUUUAAGGUGGAUGGGGUAUUGCAAUAUUACUGUAUGGCACACAUUUUAAUGCUGCUGCUGUAACAAUUGCAUAAUUGGUAUUCCACUGCAGUCACAAGCGGGGAUAUUCAGAAAGCAUGUUCAAAAGAUGCACUUACUGAUUAGCAUUAUGUAGGUGAAGUCUUAACAGCAUGAUAUUGGGUAAUAUGUUUCUUCUGUGCUCAUUCUGAAAGCAAACUGUUAGCCGUGCAUGCAUGUUGAUUAGCUUACCCGACAACCACACCAUGAUUGAUGAACCGACUUCUUUCCUUGAUAUGCUGCUGUGCUGUAGCUUAUGCCACAAAGUUUGUUCAAAGAGACACUGAGGGCAAACACUGAAGCAUCCUAAACUGCUGAGUUACCCCUCUGGAAAGGUUUCUAGAGAGGUAACUCAGUAGUUUAGAAUGGUUUAGAACCUUGCACAUAGGAGACUAAAAGUUGGAGAAAAUUGCAACGAACAGCGCUGCGCUUCCAUAAUUCAAAUUGCCAGCUACAAAAGGAGUGAUGAGCAUGACCAGACACUGCCCUUCACCAUGUACCAAGUAAGGUGUUGCAUUGUUUAUGAACAAAGGCCAAACGACCAGGAAGCGGGCCCAACAGUAAAGUGAAAAAACAAAACAUAGCAUAUUGUGUACCAUGUUUUAGCUGCACAUUAAAGAACGUCAAGUGGACAAAAUUAUUUCAUAAUCCUCCACUAAGGCAUGCCUCAUAAUCAUAUCAUAUAUGAUUUUGGCAUGUAAAGCUCAAAAUAUUUUUCCCCACAGCAUAUUAUCUGUGUAAACUAUGUUGGUGAUCUCGGACAUCAUUCUCUAGUGAUGUUAUCAUUUUUGCUUAUCUUUUGAGCCAAAGGGCCUCACAGAGAACGCUAUACUUGAACAAAUAAUGAUGGUAGAGUGUAUUGGGAAAAUUUAGUGGAGAGAAUCACUUCCGUAGUAAAUUCCUCUAAAGUGAGCCAAACUCCAUUUUCUCUUUUGUUGAAAUAUAAUGUAAUCACCUUUUUAUUAUCAAAGGUUCACUACAAUUUGCUAGUUCUAAACAAUGCACCAUCAGAAGCAAGUACCCUACUUUCACAGUGAUGGUACAAUAGUUAUCCUACAUUCACAUAAUAUUUUUUCUUACAAAUGCUCCAUUCUAAGUUAAGGUAAUGCUUUGGACAUUUUGAAGCGCUAGUCUACCUAGUUUGUCCUAAUGUUCGACUUUAGUGUCCCUUUAAAAAAGGAUCUCCAUAAGUUCUAAAACUACUGUUUCUUUUCAAUGGCAGUCAAUGCCACAUUGUUACAAGGGGCUUACAUAAUGACAAUCCUUUAACCCUUUUAACAUGACACUUACUAUGACAUGACACUGCGCAAUAAUUCAAAUACUUUGUAAUCUGAGUGUAAGACUUGUUAUGGAGAGCUACAUUCUACAGGUGCAGCCGUGAAGUACACAUCUUAUCACCUGGCUUAGGCCACAAGGUAGUUGAAUAGUUUUUUUUCUCCAGAAUUUUCACAUUAGGAAAACUUUUGCUGGCUGGCUUACUGUGUUGUUAGUGGAUAUGGAUGCAUGCACAUUUCAGAAUGUUCUGUUUUUCUUAAAUAUAGAUGGUGUUGGCCCUAAAGCCUUAGGACACUUUUUUUUUAUUUGUGGUUUAAAAAAAGUCUGUGGCUUCUGCGUGAGUUCAUAUUCACACUGUGGACAGCAAGGAACAACAUAGUCUUUGUACUUCAUGUCUUGUGAUAAUCAUUUACACAGUUUACAUUUACACUAUUGACAUGAGUACUGGGCAGUGCAUGCUGAGUGACUUGCAUUAUGAGAGUAAGACUUGUCUACAGAUGCGUGAUGCAACGCAAUCAUGAUGUUGCAUCUGCAUAACCUUGGCCCAAAGUAAUGUAGCUGUAUGUGCACUUUGGUUCCUUAAGCGCCCACUCGGAUUGCUCUGGUGAGGGGCUUCGUGUGCCAGUGUUUUGAAAAAAAUAAAAAAUAUAACCAAUACCUCAGUUAUGGGCCAGCCUAAGCAGUAGUGCUCUUUACUGUAUCUGGCAUUUUAUGUGUGAUGGCUGAACACAUAUAUUCAUUAUGUCUUGGGUGAAAAACAUGUUGCUGAUGUUCCAGUGAUUUAUGGGCCAGCUUGCUCUUGUAAACCUUUGAAGAUGUGGAGUUUCAUGCAUUUUGCAGAACAUUGGAAGCUGAGGUAGCUCAGUGACUAUGCGUUGAGAUUGUGUGACAGCUGUGUUCUUAUUGGGGAGCAGAAAUGCUUAUGUGCUUAAAUUUAAAGUGUGUGUUGAUGAAUGCCAAGUGAUCAAACUUUAUCUGGACCCUUCUGUGCUGCAUUGUGCCUCAUCGCCCGCAGUGCAGUUUUGGAGCAAUGAAGCCCAAAAAUUAGCAAAAGUUUGGAAACAACUGUAUUUGCUAGAAGUACAACUGUCACUUACCGAUGCAAAAGAUUAUACAUAUAUAUGGAAAUGUUGCACGGUUUAUUCUUACCAAAUUUUCCUGGGGUUUUGUCAAUAUCCUGUAGGUGUUGUCAAUAUCCUGUAAAGUGACAUCUUAUUUUAAACCUGUUUAAUGUAGAAGGCACAGUCCUCCACUUAGAGGUGCCAGUUGGUGGUUUAAAGUGUAAUUGUCCAUGCCAAGCAGUGAAGUUAGCACAGUAGCUGUAGUUGCUUGCGGCCACUGUGCACAUUAUAGUAGAACCAUAAUUUUUUGUGGUGUGUGUGGGACUGUGAUGGUAAAACAAUAGCAGUCGGUAAUAUGCAGACAUGCAACACGCCAAAUGUGUUGUCUUGAAUGCUGCGCUUCAGUGCCAUCAUAACGGAGAGAGCAUAUUAGCAAGCCUCUGUUGUCACUCUUGGUCAUGUGGGCACUCUCAAUGCUUGUUAAGCCAAGGAGCAUCAAACUCGAUGUUCAUAAUGCACUGCUGCAUUACCUUUUCAAUUGAAAUUAACAUGAAUUAAACUAAUCAUAGUUGAAAUUCUCAAGCGGCAUCAAAGAUUACUGUCACUGCAGCCAUCUUAGUCACCAAAUGUGGAACAAUAACAGCAACAUAGGACAUAAGCUUUAUGUGUUAAACACAGGUUAGGUUAGGCCUAAUAAAAUAAACACUUGUAAGUUUCACCCAAAGAGCAAAGCACUGACUGCGAUAGUAAGGUUUAUCGUUCCACUUUAACUCCUCAGACAAUGUUUUAACUAUACACAGGUUUGACUAAGCUUCUAGCACCCUUAAAAGCUUUAACACACCAUGUAGGGCCUGUUAUGACAUCACACAGGCGGCACUACGCUGCCUGUAAAGAACCGCACCAGUAAAAUUGCAUCACAUUCAGGUUUGAGCACUGAUACUGUUUUCUAUUUUUAGCAUUUAAUAGUCUGCGAAGAUCUAAGAUAAAAAGCAUGCACUGUGUGUGUUAUGUUGCAUGACAUUUGUUUGUGGGCUGCCAUUCUCAGAAUUGUGAGGAAUAAUUUAAUCAAGAACGUAAGACCUGGUAUGAGCAACUUUAGUGGUUGAAUAGUAUGGCAAUGUAACCUGUGUAUAUGGCAUGGAUAAGCAUAUAGCAUGCAUAUACCUAAAUAUAUGUAGAGCCCCACGCUGAUGACAAUAAUGAAAAUUCACUUGGAGUGUCCAUAUAAUUGCUGUCGCAAUAGUAGGGUGACAUAGUUCAAUUAAACUGUGCACUCACGUUGUUGAAGCCAUGUUUACUAACCAAAAUGUUCUUAUUUAAACCACGCAGGAUGCAGUAGUAGUUAGUCAGACCAACUGCUCAGUGAGAAUCGAAGUGGACUAUGCAGCACCAAUGCACAUCAAUUUCAUGCAAAAAUUUUGAUGGAAAUUGGCCUUAAUAAGCCUUGAAACUGCCUGCAUCAUAAUACUUUAUAUGCCGGUGCAAUGGCAGUGGCUCGUGAUUUGCAUUGACCUGAGUGAAUUUGUUGCGUAGAAGUAGUAAUACACAAAUUAUUUUAAUUGAUAGUUAUAAGAAAUCACACAAGUCGUUCUCAAUAAACUAACAAAAUUGAAGGAAGUGGGCUGACUGUUUGGCUGGCUGGGCAUCCCAUAGAAGUGACUACAGAUGUAUGAUUGAAUCUUCCUGAAAUGUGUAUAUCAAUAUUCAAAUAACUCUGACAGCUGAUUGUAGUUAUAAACGUGAGCGAAAAUAUAACGAAUAGCUUUUACAUCAUAAAACUAUGUAAUGUGUUGCAGAUUGUAGUGUUGAUUAUACUUUUGCAUGGCCCUUAUUUGAACCACUUAUUAUUUGUAAGCUGCUAGGAAAGGUUGAAAUUUCUCACUGGACAGUGCUUUUAUCCUUUGAGCUAGUGCAUUUUUGUAUAUGUGACAAUGAGCAUUGCAGGCACUGAAAGUUUGCAUUCGAUAAAGAAAAAAAAGAUCAGUCUUGGCAUUUUAUUGAUGCCUUCAUGAACAUGUGCACUGACCAUAGUGCAUUUUUCAGCUGUCAUUUAUGUGGUUUAGCACAUCUGGUCUGAUCGUAGAUCGAUAUAGAUAUCUCACACAAGUUCAGUAGUCUGUGAUAACUGAACUAAUUUAAGGCACUCUUGAAGAUAUAUGUUCGCACUGAAGCAUAUGUUCCUCUCAAUAUGAACAUAUUUUGUGAAGCAUCAUAUUUCGUCCUGUAGUGUUUUUUGUAGACUUUUGUUGUUGAAUGCAAAUGCAGCUUCUGCAUAAGACUACUGUCAAAACUUCAGGGUUCGUGUGCUAGCGGCGAGAAGCAAAAGGAUGCGCAAAAUUAAUGGCUCUUACCCUUCUGUUUUAUUUGAUUUCGUUAAUCAAGUUCUGUACAGAUUAACAGUUUGGAACUAGCAAUAAUAAUAUUUGUACGGGCUUGAACACACUAAAACGUUUGCAGUAGAUUGAAGUGAGUCCCUUGCAUUUACUAAUAGAAAAAAAAAAAGUAUUGAUAACUGAAUGGAAGCUAGAACAAGUGCUUUCUUUUGUUUUUUGUCUUGUAUUGUUACUAUAGAAACCUGUUAGUGGUGUUUUAAACAAAACUCAAGUGGUAUAAUUGUAGAUAUCUGUGUUCUUGGCUAUAUUUUUAGUUGAAUGUGAAAUACUGCAUUAGGUUGUGUGAUUUAAUUACUGGAUGUCUGUCGGAGCGUCUAGUGUGAUGAAGCAUAUUGGUGCUUCUUUUGAUGUGCUUGAUAGGUCUGCCUGUUUGUUGCACUAAAUCUUGAGUACUUUUUACACCUAA